AAUUUGGAUUAGCAUUUGUAGUCAGUACCUGUCAGACAAGUGAAGCAGCACGUAGCCGAACACAUUAUUGGUUUGCUGUGAAAGCUAAGAGAAAACACUGCAGCAGGUACAAGCAGCAGCAGCAGCAGAAGCAGAAGUAUGUCGGUCGACAGCGUGUUUAGGACCCGCUCUCUCGGUGUGGCCGCCGAGGGUCUUCCUGAUCAGUAUGCCGACGGCAAAGCAGCGAAAGUCUGGCAGCUGUACAUCGGAGAUACGCAGAGUAGGACGCAGGAGUACAAAAGCUGGGUGGUGUCUUUGCUGAAAGAGCAUGGGGUUCGGAGAGUGCUGGAUGUAGCCUGCGGAACAGGAGUUGACUCCAUUAUGUUGGUGGAGGAGGGCUUUAAUAUGGUGAGUGUGGAUGCCAGCGACAAAAUGCUCAAGUACGCGCUGAAGGCGAGAUGGGAGCGUAGAAAAGAACCAGCUUUUGAUCAGUGGGUUAUUGAAGAGGCCAACUGGCUGUCUUUAUCAGAAGACAUUCAGAAACCAGGGGAUGGCUUUGAUGCUGUUAUCUGCCUUGGCAACUCAUUCGCCCAUUUACCAGACUUUAAAGGGGACCAGAGUGAACAGAAGUUGGCCCUUCAGAACAUUGCCAGUAUGGUCAGACCCGGUGGGAUCCUCAUCAUUGACCACCGUAACUAUGACUACAUCCUUGAGACUGGUCGGGCGCCACAAGGCAAAAACAUCUACUACAAGAGUGAUCUAACUCAGGACAUCUCCACCUCGGUGCUGUGGGUCAACAGUAAGCCUCAUAUGAUCACUCUGGACUACACUAUCCAUGUGCCCCAGGCCGCCCUGCAGAAUCUUCCUGAAGUCAGUAAAUUCCGUUUGUCCUACUACCCUCACUGUCUGGAGAGCUUCAAAGGUUUGCUGAAUGAGGCCUUCAAUGGCAAAAUGGAGCACAGCGUCUACGGAGAUUUCCAGACGUACAUCCCUGGCCAGAGCCAGGCUCCCUGCUACUUCAUCCAUGUCUGUAAGAAGAAAGCCUAACAGCCCUAGCAACCAACUCACUACACACACACACAGCUAGGAAAAUAAUGAAGGUUUUCUUUAAGUCCCAACAUGCUCUUACAGUCCUUCAGAUUUAGGCAAAAUCAUAUUUGAAGAUUUCAUCUUAGAGUUUUUAGAAAAAAAAUGAAGCAACAGUUUUUUAGUCUUUGGAGACUUUACCUCUUAAGUGAUGAGAACAUAGAGAUUAACGUCAUCCAUGUGUCCCUAACAGACUGUGACUGCAUCAUUACUGUAUAAACAAUAAGAAAGGCUUUUUAGGAGAGUGUAAUGACAGUGCUUUUUAUGGCCUGGAAAGUUGUAUAUCAUACAAUUUGGCUUUAGAGCUGCUACAAGUUUUAAUUUUCUCUAGUAAUUUUAAAAUCAAGUGGCAAAAAUGUCAAAGCAACAGAGCCUCUUCACUUCACCUGGAACAACUGGUUGAUUUUGAUCUCUAUAUGUUCUCAUAGCGUAAACUGACGUGACUAGUAUCAGUCUAAAAUAGGUCAACUAGUUUUAAAGAAUAUAUUCAAAGUGUAUCGGACCACUGUUUUGUCCACAUCUGGUAUUUUCCCAAUAUGCUGUAUGCUUCUUUUGUGUUUUCCUCGUUUUCUGUUUCCCGCCUUUCAGAACUUUGAUAUCAACAUGGUGCUGUACAUUAGUGAUAUUCCUCAUGCUGGAAUACUUGCUGUUAAGUCGCCAGUAAGGUACUAAGAUAUAUUCUUAGACAGCUGUAUUUUCUAAGUUUACCACAAGGGUCUUAAAAACACAGAUGAAGUAUUUGUGUUUUGUGAAUGAGGUAGUCGUUAUUUUUCAUGUAUUUUCAAACUGGAAAGGAAGAAAAAAAGCUGAUUUCAUUCUGUCCUACUGCCGUCAUGGAAGUUCAGGCAAAUCUUUGACAGGCACAGUGUGACGGCAAUUUGAAUAGUUUAAGUGAAUGGCCUUAUUUUUAUAAGAGUCCCCACAUUAUUCAGUUCAUUUGCACAAUGCAUAAUCACUGACGUCAGUUGAAUAAGACCAGGGUACAGCUAUUGAGGCCUGUGAAUCACAUUAGUGUUAUUUUAACCUGAUUGGACAGAAUGGGAAGUACUUACCUGUCAGUUAGUCAGAUAAAGAAACCUCAACCCUGAAGUGUCCUUGAGCUCCUCACUAAAUCACUACCAGCUCCAGAUCUAAUUGACCUCUGACCUCUCUGAAGCUGGGGAACAAAACAGAGAGAUUUUCCACUAAAACCUGCUCUUGAAAGAGUCUGGUUGUGGCUUUUUGCAUUCAUUUUGAUCUCUAUUUUCUCUUAUUUUGUGGUAAUAUUAAGUGUACUUUGAGCAAAAACAGCCCUUACAUGUUCUGGUAAUGUCCUCCAAUUAACCUGCAACAGGCCAGCAGUGAGUUUCUAUUUUAAGUGACAAGAAAAACUAAAGCCCUGUUUCUCCAAAAAUACCAACAGAAAUAUUUUAGGAAUAAAACUGGGUUUAGCACACUGAUCAGAAAUGCAAACAGCUGCAUUACAGUAGUAACAUGGAAUACUCAGAACCCUUGAAAAUGUGUUAUCAACCAAAGAUGUUUAAGAAUUGUUUUUUUGGCACAAACUUGCAACUGUUUUGUUUCAAAAGAAAGAAAAAAUUAAGUGUAAUUCAGUUGUGCUUCACAGAUGUAUUGUGCAGUGUCUCAAAUAAUUGAAUUUACCAAAAUGAGGGGGGAAGAUGAUGGAAGAAUAAUUUAUUUUGCUGUAUUUUCCAGGUCCAAAUACAUUUUGCUUUGAUACCAAAUUAAAAAUGUGUUUUUUUUUUUUAUUAUUGGAAUGAAUACAGAGCUCCACCACAGAGAAAUCAAAUAUUAUCACUGCCCCUGCUGUUUGCCUAAACAAGGCCGCAUGGUGCAUUCAGAUGCUGUGCCAGUGCCUCUUGUAAAACAAAGUGUACGGUACGCGCUCGUUUGUGAUUCAGCUGACAUGAACAGUAGGUUCAGAAUAUGGUGAGGGUGAGAAUGGCUGAAUGUUUGAGUAGGUUUGGAUGUUUAUGUAGAGAUGAAACUAUCUCAGAACAGUCUUAUGUUGACAAUUCUCUUAAUAAGUGUAAAAAUUUUAUAAAGUUUACUGCUUAUGUGAUUAUUGGAAUUCUUUUGCAUGAUAUUAAAAAAUUGAAAUAAGCA